GCUCGCUACGCAAGGACUCCCCACAAGCGCCCAGCACGCUCUCGCAGUAGCAGCGAGCGAGCGUGCCGAGGGAGUGAGAGGUGCGGAGCAGUCGCCGGCGUCGACCUUCGUUGUCGGAGAUGAAGGAGAGAAGCGGCUCCAGGGCGGCGGUGGACGAGCGCUACGCGCAGUGGAAGUCGCUCAUCCCCGUCCUCUACGACUGGUUUGCUAACCACAACCUCGUCUGGCCAUCCCUCUCCUGCCGGUGGGGGCCACAGUUUGAGAAAGCUACCUACAAGAAUCGUCAACGCCUUUACCUAUCUGAGCAGACGGAUGGGAGUGUGCCUAAUACUCUAGUUAUCGCAAACUGUGAAGUUGUGAAGCCACGGGUUGCAGCUGCUGAACAUAUCUCGCAGUUUAACGAGGAAGCACGAUCACCUUUUGUUAAGAAGUACAAGACCAUAGUUCAUCCUGGUGAAGUUAACAGAAUCAGGGAGCUUCCACAGAACAGUAAGAUCAUAGCCACUCACACUGACAGUCCAGAUGUACUUAUUUGGGAUGUUGAAGCACAGCCAAAUAGACAUGCCGUCCUAGGAGCUUCUGAAUCUCGCCCUGAUCUGAUAUUAACGGGACAUAAGGAAAAUGCGGAAUUUGCGCUUGCUAUGUGCCCAGCAGAACCAUAUGUCCUAUCAGGAGGAAAGGACAAAUCUGUUGUCUUGUGGAGCAUCCAAGACCACAUAUCUGCCCUUGGGGAUUCCUCGUCUUCUCCUGGAGCAUCUGGCAGCAAGCAGUCUGGUAAAUCUGCAACUGAAAAGGAGAGCCCUAAAGUUGAUCCUAGAGGUAUAUUCCACGGACAUGACAGCACUGUUGAAGAUGUUCAGUUCUGCCCUUCCAGUGCGCAGGAGUUUUGUAGUGUGGGUGAUGAUGCUUGUCUUAUUCUGUGGGAUGCUCGAACUGGCACUGGCCCAGCUGUUAAGGUUGAGAAAGCUCACAGUGGAGAUGUUCAUUGUGUUGAUUGGAAUCCCCUUGACGUUAACUAUAUCUUAACUGGUUCUGCCGAUAACUCUGUCCGAAUGUGGGAUCGUCGUAAGCUGGGUUCGGGAGGAGCUAGUUCUCCAAUUCAUAAAUUUGAGGGCCAUAAAGCUGCUGUUCUUUGUGUUCAGUGGUCACCUGACAGAGCAUCUGUUUUUGGAAGUUCUGCGGAAGAUGGUUUCUUAAACGUGUGGGAUCAUGAGAAGGUUGGGACUAAGAAAAAUACUAAUGUCCCAGCUGGGCUUUUCUUCCAGCAUGCUGGUCAUAGGGAUAAGAUUGUAGACUUCCACUGGAAUUCGUCAGAUCCUUGGACAAUUGUCAGUGUAUCUGAUGAUGGUGAGAGCACUGGUGGAGGCGGAACACUGCAGAUAUGGCGCAUGAGUGAUUUGAUCUACCGCCCUGAGGAUGAAGUUCUUACAGAACUGGAGAAUUUCAAGGCUCACUUGGCCAGCUGUGCUCCAAGGACUUGAGUCAUGUGGUUAUCUGCGGAAUUCAAUCCUGUGAAAACUCUGAGUAGGUGAUUUAGUUUCGUGGCCAUAAGUAUGGCCCCAAUUGACAUUGGAUAUGUCCUCUGAUGCUCCUAGAGCUGUACCCUUGAGGGGCUCGUGCCUUUGUGAGCUUGUGUUAAACCUGUUGUAUGACUAAAUUAGUAUGUCCGCAAACACAUCACAGCUGGAUGUCUAGUCUGUAGGCCAACUAUUGGGAUAUUUGCCGGAUAUUGUCAACAAUUGUUCCAGAUUUGUGUAUUGGAUCUGAUGAGUGUUUUGCUGGCUU